CUGUGCCUCAAGGCGGAUCCACGCUUUGAGUGUGGUUGGUGCGUGUCAGAAAAACGAUGUUCCCUCCGACAACACUGCCCAGCAUCAGAAAGCAGCUGGAUGCAUGCGAGCAAUGGCAAUAGCCGUUGUGCAGAUCCCAAAAUCAUUAAGCUGUUUCCUGAAACAGGCCCCCGACAAGGUGGUACUCGGUUAACCAUCACUGGUGAGAACUUGGGUCUGAAGUUUGAAGAUGUGCGCAUGGGCGUGCGGGUUGGCAAAGUGAUGUGCAUACCCAUUGAAAGCGAAUAUAUCAGUGCUGAACAGAUUGUCUGUGAGAUUGGAGAGGCCAGCCCCAGCAAAAUUCAAGACGCUCCUGUAGAAGUGUGUGUCAGAGACUGUUCCCCCAGCUACAAGGCUAUAGCUCCAAAAAGCUUCACCUUUGUGGCUCCUACUUUCUCGCAAGUCAUCCCAGCUCGUGGCCCUCUCUCUGGGGGCACCUGGAUCAGCAUCAGAGGAAGGCAUCUCAAUGCAGGAAGUAACAUCACAGUGACCAUCGGGGGGCAACCAUGUGCUUUUGCAGGGAGAAAUGCUGGUGAGAUCCAAUGUAGGACACCACCUGGUCAGAUCCCAGGAAGUUCAGCCAUCCUCAUUCAUAUAAACCGGGCUGUACUUAGCAGUUCUGAUGUUACAUAUUAUUAUACUGAGGAUCCCACCAUUCAAAAGAUAGACCCUGAAUGGAGCAUCAGAAGUGGUGGGACAUUGUUGACUGUGACAGGCACCAACCUGGCCACUAUCAAAGAGCCCAGAAUCCGAGCCAAAUAUGGCAGUGCUGAGAAGGAGAAUAACUGUACAGUCUACAAUGAUACCACUAUGGUGUGUUAUGCUCCCUCCGUUGAUAACCCAGUCAGGAGCCCUUCAGAGCUUGGUGAUCGACCAGAUGAGAUUGGCUUUAUCAUGGACAACGUCCAGGCCUUGUUGAUCAUCAACAGAACUAACUUUGUCUAUUAUCCAGAUCCUGUGUUUGAAUCUUUGCCAUCUGGUAUGUUGGAGCUCAAGCCAAGUUCUCCUCUUAUCCUCAAGGGCCGCAACCUGCUCCCACCAGCAUCUGGUAAUUCCCGGUUAAACUACACUGUGCUCAUUGGAGACACUCCCUGCGCUCUUACUGUGUCUGAGACCCAACUGCUCUGCGAGUCACCAAAUCUCACAGGACAACAUAAAGUAACGAUUAAGGCUGGGGGGUUUGAGUUCUCUCCAGGAACACUGCUGAUAUAUUCUGACAACUUGCUGACUUUGCCAGCCAUUAUUGGCAUUGGUGGAGGAGGAGGUCUUCUCUUGCUCAUCAUCAUAAUUGUCCUUAUUGCAUACAAACGAAAGUCUCGAGAUGCUGACCGCACACUCAAACGUCUCCAGCUGCAAAUGGACAACUUGGAAUCACGUGUGGCCUUGGAAUGCAAGGAAGCUUUUGCUGAGCUGCAGACUGAUAUCCAUGAGCUGACCAAUGACUUGGAUGGGGCUGGCAUCCCCUUUUUGGAUUAUUGCACCUAUGCCAUGAGAGUCCUCUUUCCAGGAAUAGAAGACCAUCCUGUACUGAAAGAAAUGGAGGUCCAGGCCAAUGUGGAGAAGUCUUUGACACUCUUCGGGCAGCUCUUGAACAAAAAACACUUCCUGUUAACCUUUAUUCGAACCUUGGAGGCACAACGCAGCUUCUCCAUGCGCGAUCGGGGUAAUGUGGCCUCUUUAAUCAUGACAGCUCUACAGGGUGAGAUGGAAUAUGCCACCGGAGUGCUCAAACAACUUCUCUCAGAUCUGAUUGAAAAGAACUUGGAGAGCAAGAACCAUCCCAAAUUGCUCUUGAGGAGGACUGAGUCAGUGGCUGAAAAAAUGCUGACCAACUGGUUCACAUUUCUUCUGUACAAGUUCCUAAAGGAAUGUGCAGGUGAACCUCUAUUCAUGCUGUAUUGUGCCAUCAAACAGCAGAUGGAGAAAGGACCUAUAGAUGCCAUCACUGGAGAAGCCCGCUACUCCCUGAGUGAAGACAAGCUCAUCCGGCAACAAAUUGACUACAAAAUGUUGACACUGAACUGUGUGAACCCUGAGAAUGAAAAUGCUCCUGAAAUCCCAGUCAAGGUCCUGAAUUGUGAUACCAUCACACAAGUAAAGGAAAAGCUGUUGGAUGCUGUGUACAAAGGAGUACCAUAUUCCCAAAGACCCAAAGCAGGAGACAUGGAUUUGGUGAGCACGAUCCCCAGUGACCCCAUGCCCUUCUCUUCCAUCGGUGCAGAGUGGCGGCAGGGCAGGAUGGCUCGGAUAAUUCUUCAAGAUGAAGAUGUUACCACAAAGAUCGACAAUGACUGGAAAAGGCUCAACACUCUAGCUCAUUACCAGGUAACGGAUGGUUCAUCCGUGGCACUGGUGCCCAAGCAAAACUCUGCCUACAACAUUUCCAACUCCUCCACUUUCACAAAAUCACUCAGCAGAUAUGCUAGCAGCCCUGACAGUCUCCGUUCCCGGACCCCCAUGAUCACACCUGACCUGGAGAGUGGCACCAAGCUAUGGCAUCUGGUGAAGAAUCACGAUCACAUGGAUCAACGAGAAGGUGAUCGUGGCAGCAAGAUGGUCUCAGAAAUAUAUUUGACUCGCCUGUUAGCUACUAAGGGAACUUUGCAGAAGUUUGUGGAUGACCUUUUUGAGACCAUCUUCAGCACAGCCCACCGAGGGAGUGCCUUGCCUCUGGCCAUCAAGUACAUGUUUGACUUCCUGGAUGAACAAGCUGAUAAGCACCAGAUCAAUGACUAUGAUGUCAGGCACACUUGGAAAAGUAACUGUCUACCUCUACGUUUUUGGGUGAAUGUGAUUAAGAACCCGCAAUUUGUGUUUGACAUUCACAAGAACAGUAUUACUGAUGCCUGCCUAUCAGUGGUGGCUCAGACAUUCAUGGACUCCUGCUCAACUUCUGAGCACAAGCUAGGGAAAGACUCUCCCUCCAAUAAGCUACUGUAUGCCAAGGACAUCCCUAACUAUAAGAGCUGGGUAGAAAGAUAUUAUGCAGAUAUAGCUAAAAUGCCAGCAAUCAGUGAUCAGGACAUGAGCGCCUAUUUGGCAGAGCAGUCACGGUUACACUUGAGCCAGUUCAACAGCAUGAGUGCCCUGCAUGAGAUCUACUCAUACAUUACCAAGUACAAGGAUGAGAUUUUAGCUGCUUUAGAGAAGGAUGAACAGGCCCGAAGACAACGGCUGCGAAGUAAGUUGGAGCAGGCAAUUGACACAAUGGCCCUUAGUAGCUGAAAAGGCCGAGUUGCUGUUGCAGACUUCCUAGCAGUGGAUGCUAAAAGAGAAGGGGCAAGCAAGUUGCAGCAACAAGAAAACACACAAGAUAUAUUGGGGCCCAGCACGAAACAGUGCACAGAGUCUGCUGCGUCUUUGAACCUUUUGCACCAAUUGAACGGAAGACGAACAAACCUUUAAAUCAUUAUUAUCAAAACAAAUUGAACCCAUCUAAGGACCUUUUGAAAGGAGUGACGUAGCAAAGAACCUGAGAGACCCAAGAGAUGCGCAAGAAGAGCCGGGGGGAAAAAUUCCAGCUAAACUGCUACUGUCCCUUCCCCACCAAGGCCUGCCCCAAAUCUAGCAAUGGAAGGUUGGGGCGUGCACUAACUUCUAGGGCAACGUUUUUACCUUAUGUUUUCUUAUAGCAGGCGGGUGGGCAGUCUUAUCAUUUUUCCCUUCUAUAUUUGCUUCCUUUCCUGCCUUGACUGGACAACUCAACUCUUGAAUCUACUCUUCCUUUCUUCUCCCUGGCCUUCUGCCUCUAGUGUUAACUGCUAUAUUUGCACAAUUUCCACAAGCUAAUGUUUUUCUUUUAAGGAUUGAAAGUGUGGGAGAGAAAUGAGGGUGAGUAGAACCUAGAGAAGCAGUCCCAGGCAUCCCUUAUUCUUUCUACAGUUUGUCCUGUGCCAUUUUUAAAAUGUUAUUUAGCACAGGCCAAAUAAAUGCUCUCAUUUUGAAUGCUGCUUAAAAGUGUGCUGGAGACUUAGAAACAGGAAGGCAAAAAAAAAAAAACUAAA